UGAUGAAGAUAGAAAGGGAGCAAGCAUUGUCAUUGUUCCGGAAAAUUAUGAAAAAAAUCUACAAGUAUUUAUAUGAUGUUCUAAACAAAGAUUUUGACUCAAGUUUCCCUCAAGAAAGGGAGGUUUCAUUGAUGCCUCAUAGCAUAUCAGUGGAUGAUGAUCUUAAUGAUGGUGCAAAGCAAGUAAUGGAAAAGAUGAAAAUUGAGAAUGUGGGGCUGUUAGAUUUGGAGUCGCUGCAACAAUAUUCUAUUGCAGAUCGGGAAGCAGGAUUUGAACAAGCUCUUCGAAGUUGCACAACAAUAUCUCGCAGCGGCCUUGUAAGCGUGAAGUCCAACAGUAGGAAAAAGGAGAAAGUUGGUAAAAACAGCAAAACUGCUGAAAGUAAAAAGAGGAAAAGGAAAAGCAAACUAUGAAUUGCUUCCAAUCAAGAAGUUACUGAUUGAGUACUUCCAUAUUUAAUAGAUUAUUACUGAAUAUACUAUUUAUACUAUUAUAUAAAGUGUAUACGUGAUUUGGUAUGAACACAUUUUGUCUCAUUUUUUUCUAUUCCUAUAUUAUUAAAAUUUUGUAA